AUGAGUUCCCUUGAAAAAAGCGACUUGGGCGGGAAUGGAACAGAAGCCAUCUUCUUCAUUCUGCUUGGCUUCCCUGGAACUUCUCAGAUGCAGUUGUUUUACUUUCUUAUCUUUCUGAUCAUUUACAUUCUAACGUUGGUGGCCAAUCUUCUCAUAAUAUCAGUAGUUAGUCUAAACUCUCAUCUGCACAUCCCUAUGUAUUUCUUCCUCAGUAACUUUGCUGUACUGGACACCUGGUGUUCAACUGCUGUCAUUCCCAAAACACUUAGCUAUCUGAUCACCCAGAACAAACUGAUUUCUCAUGCUGGCUGCCUUACACAACUCUGCUUCGUAUUCUCUGUGGGGCCUACUGAAUAUUUUCUACUUACAGUUAUGGCUUAUGACCGAUAUCUUGCAAUCUGUUUUCCUUUAAAAUAUGCAACAAUGAUGAAUAGUCAGAUAUGCCUUUAUUUAGCUAUUGGUUCCUGGAUGAGUGGUUUUUUCACUGGCUGGACAUUGACUCUUCCAACUGCUCUGCUUAAUUUUUGUGGACUCAAUCUAAUUGAUCAUUUUUUCUGUGAUUAUAUUCCGCUAGUUAAACUGUCUUGUUCUGACACAGCGACUAGUGAGACUGUUUUCUUCUCUUUUGCUUGGGUAGUUGUGCUUAGCUCACUUUGUUUUACAUCCGUAUCUUAUUCCUACAUAAUUAAGACCAUCCUUCGUAUUCCAUCCAGUCUUGGCCGGCAGAAGGCCUUCUCAACCUGUGCUGCCCACUUAACGGUGGUGAUUAUAUUCUAUGGAACUAGCAUUUUCAUGUAUGUACGCCCAAGGGCCUCCUACUUUUCUAACAAAGAUAAAAUCAUAUCUUUGUUUUAUACUGUUAUAACACCACUUUUAAAUCCUGUUAUAUAUAGUCUUAGGAACAGAGAAUUCAAAAAGGCUAUGAAAAAGGUUCACAAAAAACUCUAUAAAUCAAUUUACAUUUAG